AAGGCGAACCAGCACUGGGACAAACCAAGAUGGUGGAUGAAGACCCCGAGGGAAUACCAGAUUGGCACUGGCAUUGAGCCCAAAAGAUGGCACAUGCGUUUAAGAAACCUGGAUGACCUGAUUACACACGACCCAAGGACGCAGGAAAACAUUGAGCUGGAGGAUCAAAGGGCAUUUGUCAAUCUCCUGAAAUGCCUGCUAAAUACAGAUGCAGAGAAGAGGAUCACUCCGGGGAAGGCUCUCACUCACCCCUUUGUCACAAUGGCCCAUCUGGUGGAUGAAGUAGAGAUCAGCUUAUAUGCCAAGAAUUCUUCAAAGAAAAUGGCGGUCGUACCAACGGACAACCGAUGA